CCCCCGGCCCUUCCCGGGCGCUGGGGCUGAGGCUGGGGUCCGACGCGCCGAGGCUCCACACCCGAUCUCGAGAGCCCCUCCGCCCCCGACUCCUGCCGGCCGCCUUCCUGGGGCGCGUGGCUCGCUCGAGGGUGGUCCGUUCCCCAGCCCACCGCGCACCGGUGAACUGGCGGGGGAGGGGGGGGGUCGGAGAUCGCCGGUCUUGGUCCUAGGAACCCCCUCUCCACCCUUUUCCCCCGACCCUGCUGAAGAAGGAUCCGGGGCCCGGCGCUGGGCCCAGGCCCGCCCCUUCCCGGACAGCCCUCGGGCUGCGCCCUGGACGUCACCGGCUUCCAGCACCAACAUUUUCGGUCCAGAUGAAACCUACUUUUAGUAGCAAUUACAGUAUAUUCGACCUUGGCUAAGCGUGUGCUGGCACUGUUCCAGGUCACACUUGGAGGUGGUGCUUGGGGUCCCACAUGUGCCACUGGGGAUUCAACCUGGGUUGGCUGGGUGCAAAGCAAGUGCCCUGCCUGCUGUACAAUCACUUGGGUCCCUGCGCGCAUCCUAACCCUGGAGUUCUAGAGCCAGGUAGCCUCCACCCCGUCACCCAAUGCAGGGAGACAGUGUGAAGCAACUGGACAUCCGGAAGGUGGUAGUGAGCGUGGUCACGGGCGCCGGAGCCAUCUACCUCUGCUACAAGGCCAUCAAGACUGGCCUACGAUGCCAGCCUCCCUUCUUCUCCAACUCCCCCGUCUGCAUCGCCCGCUUGGCCGUGGAGCGAGAGCGGCUCGGGCGGGACUCGGGCGAGCUCCGGAAGCUCCUCAACUCCUUGGAGUACAACCACGACGAGUUCACCAAGAGCAUGAUCCUGCACAGCAUCACCCGCUGUGUGUACCUGCUGGAGGCUGAGGCCUCCUCUUGCUCUAAUGAUGACAUCAGGCUGGUGGGCUGCAUGCUGGAUGACAAGGACAACUGUGUCAAAAUCCAGGCUCUGAACGCACUUAAGGCUUUCUCUGGCAUCAGGAAAUUCAGGGUUAAGAUCCAGGAACAUUUCAUCAAGAUCCUAGAACUGAUUUCCACUAUCUGGGACUCAGAGUUACACGUGUCAGGCCUCAAAGUCAUCAACAACCUCCCAGUGCCCGAGUUUGUUUAUCCACAACUGCGACGGGUGAUGCCUGCCUUGAUGGAGAUCGUGCAGUCAGACUAUACCACAGCCCAGGUACAAGCCAUCCGACUGCUGAGCGUGCUGGCGCAGAAGGAAGACCUUCUCCAUGAUAUUCUCAACUGCCAGGUGCACCCCACCUUCCUGAACCUUUUUCAGUGCUGUCGCCCCUCGAAUCUGUUAUAUGAGAUCCUGGUGUUUGCCGAGCGGCUAAGUGAGGGCCGGAAUUGCCCCCACUACCGAGCUGUGAAGUGGCAGUACAACGAACAGUCUCUGCACGAAGCGCUCUUUGGGGCUAACUCGCGCCUGGCCGACCGACUACUCGCCCUGGUCAUUCACCCGGAGGAGGACGUUCAGAUCCAGGCUUGCAAGGUCAUAGUCAGCCUGCAGUGCCCCCCGGAUCUGGGGUGCCGAUCUCCCUUCCAGCCCACCUGUCAGCCCAGUAAUUCUCUCUUUGCUAACGGGGAGUAGCACUUAAGGAUCGCAUAAUAAAUUCAGAGAGGGAAAGAAGCUUGGGGGGGACAAUGUCUGUCCAGCGCUGGGCGUCGUCGAUUUU